AUGUCGAGUUUUUUAGAAAUACCAACUGAUCAAGCUGUUCGUGACUAUAUAUGCUAUUUUGCUGAUAAAAUUAAACAACAAACAACAGGCCAUAUAUACACCGGAAACUUAACGAAUGAUGCUAAACGUUUAGGAAUUGGUGUUGAAAAAUUGAUUGAAGUGUUGAAAUUAAAAGAUGGAAUUUCAAGUAUUGCUCGACAACUCUUCAAACGAAUUAUACCCGAAAGUCAAAGAUCAGUAGAUCAUUGGAACCAACUAUCUGCAGGAGUUAUUCUAAAAGAGAAAAUUUUGAUUGGAUUUUUAGGACGAUAUUAUGGUGCUCUGGAAGUGGAUCCGAAAAAAAUACAUAUUAGUCUUGUUGGCUGUCUUCGUAAUGAUCGUGGAAAACAAAAGAAGUUAAAACAAUAA